UUAGGAAAAAGAAACAAAAAGUAAUUAUUCACUUAGUAAUAUUACAGAAAAAUUUUACGAAAUGAUGGGCUUUUUGCGGACUAUUACUACUUCCACAUUGGGGAAGUAUACUCAUGGUGGAGGUGCUUUGUCUGAAGAGGAACACCGAUUCUAUGAAGUUAAUGGAUACAUUAUAAGAAAAAACAAUGUCAGUGAUGCUUUAUUAGACGAAAUUGGUACAAGAUUUGUUGACAUUUGCAAUGGUAAAAUUGAUGUGGGUAUGGAGAUCAGACUUGUGAAAGAUGCUUCGCUGAAGCAAAAAGUUGUAAAAGGCGUUAAUUCAGUGCGUAAGGUACAAGAUUGUCUGCAUGAUGAUAUUUUUUCUAAAUAUGUUAGCGAUCCUGCUGUAACGGAUAUUGUUACUAGUAUUAUAGGGCCUAAUAUCACUGCAAUACAUUGCAUGCUUCUAAAUAAACCACUCGAUGCAAAUCCUAAUUCUUCAAUGGAUCCACUACAUCAAGAUCUCCAUGGUUUUCCAUUCAGGCCCCCGGAACGAAUUGUAGCCUCAUGGACGGCAUUGGAAAAUGUUGAUAAAGACAAUGGAGGUCUUUAUAUGGUACCGGGAACACACACUUUAGAACUGCAACCACAUGAUUAUUUUGAGUGGUUAAGAAAAUCAGUAUCUUGUCAUUAUGCUGAUUCUAACUGUUUGAUGUGAAAGGAACGGUGCAAGAAAACGUUGGGACUGAAGUUGUGGAUGUUAUUUCAAAAUAUGGGUAUUC